GCACGCCCUCAGGCCAGGCAAUUGCUUUUACGCAUGGGGUGACCGACGCAAACCCCACUCCUCGCCAAUUUCCCCAGCCUCUGAGCUCACUUCCUCUUGCAGGCGGAGCGCCGGCCAGCCGGAUUAAAAAAAAAAAGAGCAAAACGUGCUUAACGCAUCGGGAUAUUAGGAGGUUCAUCAUGGCCAGCAGCUACGUUAAACCGAAGGAGAAAACGCUGCAAAACCUACGAGAUAUUGCUAGUCGCCUUCGGAUUCACUCUAUUCGGGCAACUUGCGCUUCGAACUCCGGACACCCAACAUCAUGUUGCAGUGCCGCAGAGAUCAUGUCUGUGUUGUUCUUUCAUACCAUGCGCUACAGGCCAAAUGAACCAGGCCACCCCAGCAAUGACCGCUUUGUGCUCUCUAAGGGCCAUGCUGCGCCUAUACUCUAUGCUGCAUGGACAGAAGCUGGUUUUAUCAAGGAGUCUGAGCUGUUAAAUUUGAGGAAAAUAGACUCUGACCUGGAAGGUCACCCAACGCCUAGACUUCCUUUUGUGGAUGUGGCCACUGGUUCCUUGGGGCAGGGCCUGGGAGCUGCCUGUGGAAUGGCCUAUACAGGGAAAUACUUUGAUAAAACAAGUUACCGAGUUUACUGCCUACUGGGUGAUGGUGAAUCCUCUGAGGGAUCAGUAUGGGAAGCCCUACAAUUUGGGUCUCAUUAUCAAUUGGAUAAUCUAGUGGCCAUUAUUGAUGUGAACCGGCUGGGACAAAGUGAAGCAGCACCACUGGGCCAUGAUACAGAUGUUUAUCAUAAACGUUGUGAAGCCUUUGGAUGGAAUACCUGUGUUGUGGAUGGUCAUGAUGUGGAUGAACUAUGCCAGGCUUUAUGGCAAGCAAGUCAACAGAAGGGGAAGCCCACCAUGAUUGUGGCCAAGACUUUCAAAGGACGGGGAAUCCCAGAUGUGGAGAAUGCUGACAAUUGGCAUGGAAAGCCCAUUCCAAAAGAUAAAGUGGAAUCUGUUAUCUCUACCAUUCAGAGUCAAAUCCAGACUAAUGAUGUUCAUACUAUCCAGCCACCUGCUCAAGAUGUGCCUCCAAUCAAUAUCACGGAUAUCAAAAUGCUUUCUUUUCCUACCUAUAAUAAAGGAGAAAAGGUGGCUACCCGCAAAGCCUAUGGUUUAGCCCUGGUAAAACUGGGAAAGACUAACAAACAUGUGGUUGUUUUGGAUGGUGACACUAAAAACUCCACUUUUGCUGAGUUUUUCAAACAAGCCUAUCCAGAACGCUAUAUAGAAUGUUUCAUUGCUGAGCAGAACAUGGUAAGUGUCGCUCUGGGCUGUGCUGCUAGGAACCGCACCAUUGCAUUUGCCAGCACCUUUGCUGCCUUUUUCACUCGAGCAUUUGACCAUAUCCGGAUGGCUGCUAUCUCCCAAUCAAACAUUAAGCUUUGUGGGUCACACAGUGGGGUUUCUAUAGGAGAGGAUGGGCCCUCUCAGAUGGCUUUGGAAGAUCUAGCCAUGUUCAGAACUAUUCCAGGUUGUACUGUGUUUUACCCAAGUGAUGCAGUCUCCACUGAGUAUGCUGUUUCUUUGGCAGCAAACACCAAGGGAAUAUGCUUCAUUCGUACCAGUCGUCCAGAAACUCCUAUCCUUUAUUCUCAGGAAGAAAAGUUUGAGGUUGGCCAUGCCAAGGUAGUUCGUAUAAGUGAUGCUGACAGAGUAGUUGUUAUUGGAGCAGGUGUCACACUUCAUGAAGCCCUUUCAGCUGCUGAUGAACUAGCCAAACAAGGGAUCUAUAUCCGGGUAAUUGAUCCAUUUACAAUCAAACCUUUGGAUGCUGAUACCAUCAUUUCCAAUGCCAGAGCCACUGGGGGACAUAUCAUUACAGUUGAGGAUCAUUACAAAGAAGUUAAGUAGUUACCUAAGAACAUUUUUUCAGACAUUGUUGAGAGAAAUUGGAUAUGGCUAAAGAUGCACUUGCCCAGAUCCCCUAUAUUAGUAACUUUUUUUACAAACUAGUUUUGCUUCUGCUAUUGCCAAGAUUGAUUAUAUGUUGUUGCUACCACUUUUUCAUGUGCUGUUCAAUAGUUUAGGAACACCUAUCGCUGUGCUUUGUAGAGAAAAAUUAUACAUUGGGAGUACAACCUACUAUGGCCUAUGAAUGAUUGCCUGAUGGUCAUUCAAUUUCUGUUAAAACAAGUGUGGUAGCCUGUUUAUAUAUGUGGGCUACCUGUGAUGCUAGUUGGUGGGUCAGGGGCCAUAUAUCCUUUUCCUCAUGUUGAGAUCCCCAGUGCAAUAUGCUUCCCUGUAUCUCACCAAAUAGCUAGUCAACAGGCUCUUAUAAAUGUGAUAUCACACUCUUCAGCUUUAGCAGUAUAUAUUUCUCUCAUAUCAUAAACAAUAGAGGGCUACAAUCAAGACAUCAAUUCAACAGCCUGCUUAUCAGCCAUUUGUCAUAUGCCUAAAGUGUCAUUAAAUACAAGAGCUCACCACACAUUCUUUCUGCCCACCAAAUGGUUGAUUAGGAAACUGUCAAAAGUGAGACAGUAAUUGGAAUGGGACAACUUGCCAUGGGACAAUUCAACAUGGGAGAACUCAGAAGAGGGACAAGUAGAAUUGUAGCUCAUCCCAGCCUUGAGGACUACUGACUUGAGAAGGGUCAAACCUAAAGUAAGACAAAGCCUGCUGCAAUUCACUUGUGCCUCUCUUGAGUUCUCCCACUUUGAAUUGUCUUGUGGCAAAUCAGCUGGAGCAAGAUGGCUGGGGCAUAUUGGCCACAGUGAGUUGUCCUAGUAUAUAUUGGAUACCGGUAAAUAAUAUUUGUAGACUAUACUGGAGCCUUUUGGAUUUUAGAAAGGCGGUAAUUUUUCCUUCUUGUGAUUUAAUAUGAAACUGUAGAUCUCUUUAACAUAUGAAUUAUCUGAACCCUAUGAAGUCAAGUUGAGCUUAAUUAAUUGGCAUUCAUGCUGUUUAAGCUUGUAGCUUUCUCCUAUAGAAAGAAGCACAAUCUCAACUGCUCUAUAAAAGAAGCUACUGUGUUUCUGUGCUUUUAUUUGUUCAUAGAAUGCAAGACAAUGCAUGGGUAAAAGAGCUUCUAUACAGUGGAAAGAAAAAUUGAUGCUUUUCUUUGAACUCUCGGAACCAAACAAGAAAAUAAGCACAUCUUUAUAAACUCCCUAAGUUUUAAUAUUUCUUGCAAUUCUGUUUCUCUGAAUUUCUCUGAAUGAGAAAGACAAAAGGUAGAUAUCUGACUGCUGCUAAAAUACGCAAACCUAUUUCUUGAUGAGCUUAAUUGAUAAAGGGAAGUGCAUAUGUAACUUUGUAACUUUGAGUUACAUACGAAGUACAUGUACUUUGUAACUCAAACUUUCAUAUGAAGUUGUUAAAGGGAGCAGAUUGCACCAAACAUGCUCUGAGUGAAAAUCUCCAUUUAUGACCAUCUUUUUCCUUCUCUCUCUAGGUGGUAUUGGUGAAGCUGUAGCUGCAGCUGUCUCCGGAGAACCUGGUAUUUUAGUCCAGAGUCUAGCUGUGUCAGGUGUGCCUCGGAGUGGAAAACCUGCUGAGCUCUUAGAUCUCUUUGGGAUCAGUGCAAAACACAUAGUAACAGCUGUGAAGAGCACCUUUGCCAAUUGAUUUGACAGGGAUGAAGGAAAGAAGAGUUAUGAAAUUAUGAAAACAGAUUCUGAAGAACAGAGUGACAACUGUUUGGUUUUCUAGGUAGUCAACCAAAAGUAACCCCUUAUGAAUCCAAAACAUGCAUUGUUUAACUUUUAAACUUUUAACAAUUGCAAUUAAUAUUAAUUUCCUGGAUUUUGGACCAGAUUUUGAGUGCAAAUAAGCUUAAAUUGUUUUGUAACACAGUUCUCAUCCCAUCAGUAUGUCAUUCCUUCUAAUUUUUAUCUGUAAUUACACAUUAAUUGGAUCUGACUGUUCUACAUGGACCAGUAAUGCUCAUCUUAUUGGAGUUUAUGGUUACCUUUUCGUGUGCUUGAUUCCUAUCCUACUUGACUUUCUCCUUUUCAGCCUGACAUUCCAAAAUUGAGUUGGGUAGAUUUUCCAUGGGCUAUUUCCUGCCUGAAAGAGUUCAUGCAUAAUUAGUUUUUAAUUUAACAAAAAUGCAAGUACCUCUUAUGGGAAUGUGAUCGUCUAAAUUCUUCAAAUAUAUAUUAAUAAUGGUAUUGUCUUAAGAUAUCUGAUGUAAUUAUUAAGUAUGGAGUGGUUCCAAGGAGAUGCAGGCUUAAGUCCAGCUUCCUCUACAGCAGCUCACAGUGAUUUGGGUCCAUUCAUACUCUCUCAACCCAACCUACCUCACAAGUUGUGGGGAAAAUGGAAACAGGAAGCUGCUUAUGUGCUGCUAUGAGUUCCUGAAGGAAAGGAGGAUAUAAGCUUAACAAAUAAGCAGACUUAAAUGUGACCAAAAUAAUGUUUCUGUAUUACAUGUGCUUUUACUGUCAUUAAGGAAAUCAAUAAACUAUCAUUUCUUGUG